UAAUGACGUCUUUGCUGGAUAUGAGUAUUAUGGGUUGUCUGGAAUUCAGCAUCGAGUGGAGAGGGGAUAAAUAUCUAACGGUAGAUAGAAGUAAACAUGGAGUUGUCGGCUGUUGGGGAGCGGGUGUUCGCGGCUGAGUCUAUUAUCAAACGGCGAAUAAGAAGAGGUCGAAUGGAGUAUCUCGUGAAAUGGAAAGGAUGGUCUCCGAAGUACAGCACAUGGGAGCCGGAGGAGAAUAUCCUGGACUCCCGUCUCUUCGCUGCUUUCGAGGAGAGAGAGCGGGAGCGGGAGCUGUUUGGACCUAAAAAGAGGGGACCAAAACCGAAGACUUUCCUUCUAAGAGCUGAAGCUAAGGCGAAAGCAAAGAUGUAUGAAUUCCGCAGCGAAGCCACAAGGGGAAUCCGAGUGACAUUUCCCAGUCCGGAACCCGUCGUCACGCCACGAGCCCGCGAGGGCCUUCGUGCUAUCGUUCCCAUGAUUUUCCCCCCCAGCACGGUCAACAGGGGAGAGAGUGUUCGCGUCCGUCCUGGGGAGGCAGCACGGGAACACCGACCCGCUGUGCUGACAAAGCCAGGUCCAGAAGGCUUGAUCUCUACGCCCAAGAAGAGAGGGCCUAAACCAAAGAUACGUUUCAAAGAUGACCUGUACAGCGAAGCAGAGCAUUCAAAGAGAAGGUCUGAGGAACACGUGACUUAUCUCCCGGUCAAAAUGAGGAAGCACACCCCUAUGGAGAGUGAGAAGACAAUGCCUCUGAGGCUGAUUAAACUGCCUCAGAGGCAUCAGGAAGAUCCUGGUUAUUCUCAAGUGCAGAUGCGGGCUGUGGCAAGUGGAAGCUCAGAGCAGCGCCUCGGGUCGGAGAGGAGCUCGCAUGCACACAGAGCAAGCCUGGAAAUGCAGAGCUGCAGGACUCCAGAGUGCCCAGACCGCAUGCCCUGUGUCCAUCCCAGGCUGCAACGUUUGGCAUCGCAACAAUCGUCGCUCAUUGCCAAAAUCCCUGUGACGAGGAUUCUUGGACAGGCUGAGGAAGAUUCUUGGAGCCCAUGUUUGGGGAACAUGGAGAAAGUUGUGGUGACAGAUGUGACAACGAACUUUUUGACGGUAACAAUAAAGGAGAGCUCUACAGACCAAGGAUUCUUCAAAGAUAAAAGAUGAUUGUAUAAUCUUACUUGCCUCGCGUCACGAGACUUUCUUAACUGUUUUCUUUGAAAAUAAUCCUUACUUAAUGGGAUCAUUUAACAAUUAAAAAAAUUCUAUAUAACAGUACGGAAAUUAUUACAUGUCAGUUUGUGUGUACAGAUGUGGGACUAGAUGUAAUGGUUAAAAGACACAAAGUCCCUAGACAGUAUAUAACAUCUAACUUAGACCAUUUGUAAAGGGGUCGUAUGAAUCAAAUGCAUUAACUGUAGUUAGUGUAUGUUUUAAAAAUCUGGAAAUAUAACAACUCCUAAAAUUUAAAGGUGAAAGUUGAAUGUAUAAUCAUAAACAUUUUAUGUAUUUUGGUUGAGUUACAGAGGAAUUAUUAUUUAAUUUCCAGUGCAGAAUAUUGCAGCAGCACUUUUCGUAAUGCACAGUGUGAAUGUGUUAAAAAAAAAUGCAUAAGAUUUUUUGAAUUCCUAAGUAAAGUUUCAGAAAAUGUCCAGCAGUUUCCUUUUGCCUGUUUAAUAGACCCAAAAAUAACAUUUACGCUCAGUAUUAACUGCAACAUAAUCAAAAUGCAGUGAGAUGAAAACGACAUUACAGUAUUAAAUCUAUCUGAUGCCAGAAAAAUUAAGUAACUUCAUGUUCUGAACAAUUUUAGAGUGUGUUCAGUAACAUCAAGAUGUUUAUCGAAAUGCUGUUGACUUGGAUGUAUUUAAUGUUGGAAAUAACAUUCACUUUCCCGCUUGGUCAACUUGGCUCCGUGGUUCUAGUGCAUUGGCAUAUAAAUCAUUGCAAUACAUUUUUUUGUGGCGUUGAUAACGAAUUUUUAUGUAAAACCUGUAAAAUUGCAUUAAGUGAACUGUUGCAGGAAAUUAUGUAUAAUCUUUGUAACUAUUUUCAUGCCUUAUUCUGUGGGUAGAAUGGAAAUUUGUUUCUGUUGUUUUAAACCAAUUUGCCUUUCGUGCGCACAUUUCGCAGUGUCAGUAUACAAUUAUUUUUACACUAUUGAGCAGAACAUUGACAUUUGUAUUUUAUGUAUGUAUGUGUGCGAAUAAACUUUUUAGUGUUUUCCUGA